UGGCAACGCCGCCAAAUGGCAAGUCGAUGGUUUUUUUAUUUUGUCACUCCGUAUAAACAAAUAAUAAUACAGUCACAGUCUUAUUCAAAAAGUGCUUCUAAAGACUUGAUAACUCUAUGUUCCUUACAAACAAAUAACUACAUCGUACAAUGAGCAUUAACUGGAUAAAGAUCACCGAAAGAGCCCGCGAGGGCAUUAAAAUCAUCAAUGCCCUGCCGUACGAGACCUUCACGACGGUUCUAUUUUACACCCACCGGCAGAUGAGUCCCAGCGGAGCGUCGGCGAGUGCCACCAGUAGUACGGUGGGCACCAGUGUGACGACCACCGGCCGAGCUGAUAGCAGCGCUGACGAGAAUCCCACGAGCAGCACGGAACCGGAGUACACACUCGAGGAACUGGAGCGAUUGGUGGGCGUGCCACGUCAGGACUUUCUGCUGCUGAUCAAGACCUUCUCCUACAUCCUCCGUCGCAUCUCCACGUUCAUCAUCAAGCCAAGUUUGCUGCAGCGUGAGCUGCGCGAGAAACUGCAGCUGGAGGAUGAGGCCAAGAUCGAUGCCAUUUUGCGUUUGUGGGUGCGCGAAACGACGCCUAUUAUGAACAAUUUGGCCAGCAAGCGGUACGAAUCAAAUGUCAUCGAAGAUGUGGCCUGGAAGCUCAACAUGGAGAUCUCCUCGCAUUGCCAGCAGCGGGAGAAGACCCCGCUGGCCGUGCUCCAAAUGAAAACGGCCGUCGGCGAGGAUAUCAACAUCGAAAUGACGCAUCCGGAACUAAUGGAACUGUUCAACCAGUUCGAGAACAUCCAGGGCGAACUGGACGCCAUGCUGGCCAUGAAGGCUGCAGGAGCAACAGCGUCUGGUAAUCAGUAGUGGGACACCAUCGACCAAUUCCAGUGCCAAUUUGAUAGGUAAUUCACACAAUCUCUGUGCAAAAAGAUGGACCUAAAAGUAUGCAAUACUAACUAGCACGAUCGUAGCCAAAUGUUAAAUACGUUUUUGUUUAAUGUUCUAAGGAUUUUACUAAGUAUUGGCUUAUUUUCCAUACGUAGCCAAAUGUUUACUAUAGUAAGAGUUCAGCUUCGAUGGAUGAAAUGUUGCGAUGAUUUCCAAAAUUCAUUAGGAUCUUCCAAAUAAGACUAGUUGUUUAGUUUUAGGUCUUACUUACCCUCUGCAAUAGAAUAAAUUUAGAUAAAACAAAA